AAUUUAUGGAACCAAUUAUAAAAAAACCAUUAAUGAAUUCAGUGUAUCCGAGACAACAAGAGUUUGAUCAGUCAAAUAACAAAAUAUCAACUCUAAUGUUUAAAAAUAAGUGAAAAAGAUAAAAGUAAACAUGGAGAGAAGUAUCGUUACCCUGUCCUUUACACAAUUGAAUUCUGAUUUUAAGAAGAUAUUAGAGCCUGCCCAUCUGCAUGCUGGUCAACGUAGUUCAGAUCUAAUUGUUGUUUCUCCCAAACGUCUUGAUGAACCUUCAGUAAACAUGGAUAAACUAGAUACAGAGGACAUCGAGCAAGGUGGAGGACAUCAACCUUUUAAUGGAGAACAAUCAAACACAGAACAUAAUAUUUUUCAAGUUAAAGAAAAACAGGAAACCAUGGAUGUAGAAAGUAUCGAGGCUGACAAGGAAUACAUAGACCAGGACCGAGGCUCCUCUGUGACCUCGGAGAAUGACACGAAUAGUACCUUGUCCGGGGGCGAGGUCAACCUCGCCUUUAUACCCGAAACCUCGCCGAGAGGUCACUCAAGGAAACCGAGCAGUGUUCUCUCAGAUAUUUCAAUUCAUAAG